UAAAUAUCCUAAUAAAUAUUUUCAAAAAGAUUAGAAUAAAUAUAAGUAAUGUAAGUAGAUUAAGAUAAUUUAUAUAUAGAAGAAGUAAGAUAAUUACAUUUUAACUUUGACUAUGCAAAAUGUUAGGAGAGGUGUAAAGUCAUUCUUGAAGAAAAACCUUAUUUGUUUUAAGUUAGAACAUACUACGGAUUCUUUUUAAUAUAUGAUGAUUUAAAUGAAUCUCUCAAGUAGUAAUUGUAAGUUUAUCAAGAAGCUCCAUACUACUUUGAAAACACUUCAUAUUUGUUAGAUAACAUUUUCAGUAAUUUCUAAAAUAAAGGUAGAAGUUUGGUUUAAACUAUUUUCAAAUAAUAUAAUGAUUACUAAGGAGAAAAAAAUGGCUUCUAUUAUAUCUGCUUAGCAUUAAUUUAUCGCAUUUAAAAAGAUAAUGAAAAAUCUUACGAAAUUUUAUUUUCUAAAGUGAAUGAUUAUGAUGAUUAACCUAUGGUCUAAACUUGGUUUUAUCAUCAACUUGGAUGUCACUUCUUAAAUAUGACAAAUCAUGGAGAAGAUGAAGAAAAUGAAAAUGUAUAAAAAUCUCUGAAUUUUUUUAAAAAAGGGUUAGAAUUAUAACCAAGAUCUACAAUGAAUCUUUAAAAUUUAGGAGUCUAAUACAAUAGAAUAGGAACUUAAGAAGCCUACAUAUUAUCUGUUUAAUAUUACAAUGAAGCCCUAAAUAUUAAUCCAGAAGAUCACUAUGCACUUUGCAAUUUAUCUUGUGUGUUAGUCGAUCUUGGUUAUCAUGCUUAAAGUUUUUAAAUAAUAGAAAUGUGUUUUAAAAAGUUAAAAUUUAAUUUUGUUUUAUAAUAAUAUUUGAGUCUGCUCGUAAAUCAAUUUAAUAUGCUAGGAAUUGAAAAUAUUGAUUAGAUAUUUAGAGAAGUUUGCUAAGGGAUAUAAACUUUAAUUGAAAUAGAAGCAAAUAAUUAGUCUCAGUUUUUCAUUUUUUUAUACAUAUAAAUUUUAUCAAUUCAACAUUCUAUACAACUUAAACAUAUAGACUUAUUUGAAUAAAUUGUUUCAGCAUUUAGAAGGGAAGAUAUAAUUUCUUUAAUUUAGCUCAACAAAUUUAUGAUAGAAUAAUAAUUAAUGGAAGAUAAUGGAGAAGAAUAAACAAAGAUAGUUCCUGUUCAAAAGUUGACAAACAUUUUAAUAUAAAAAGAAUUAAUGAUUUCAUAAUAAUUGCUGUCUUUAAUAGCAUAUAAAAAUAUAAUCUAGAAUAAUUUACAUUUCUAAUAAUCUUUCUCUCAUUGGGAUUUACACAUUGAUUAUUGA